UGAAGCCGACUCUCACUUUCUAGACAGGAAAAGCUGCGGGCGCAGCCAAUCGGGGUGCAGCUGCCAGCAUCUGGGGCGUCUGGCUGGCGGUUGUCGUGCAAUGGAGACCUUCCCAGGCGGGCUGCGGGGAUCGCCAGGGCUGUAGCUGCCUCUCUCCACCGGCCAGUUGGAGCCCCAGGCAGCAGCUCUCGCAACAUAGGCCUUCAGCUGGCCAACCCAUAAUGCUCCCGUGUGCCUCCCAUCUGGCCUGUCCCCGCAAAGCUCCUCCUCGGCCGUGACUCCCUUGGCCACGCGCAAGAGGAGCCUUCCUGCUCGACAGAACUAAAAAUGUGACCUCUUCAAGGAGCACCAUGGAGUCCUUCGGGGUGGUUGCGGAGUACGACGCUCCUCCCAGUCCCACCCCAGGUCAGCUGGAGGGGCUGGGGGAUGAGGAACCCAUGGAGCCAGGAGAGGAGCAGAGCCUUCUCACCCCUGGAGACCUCGGAGAACCAGGCCCGGCCGACCCUUCAAGGACUUCCUCCAGGGACACCAGGGAACCUUGGAUCAAAGUCAACCUUUCGAGUCGCAAGCUGUCCUUGCAGGAAAAGUCUCCCUCCGUCCAGUCCCCCAGCGGGAACAUGGGGGUCAACGGCCGCUACAUUUAUCCUUCCCUUCCUUACUCCCCUGUCACCUCCCCACACUCCUCCCCGCGUCUGCCCCGGAGGCCCACCAUCGAGUCCCACAGAGUGUCCAUCACGGGGUUGCAGGAUUGUGUGCAGCUCAAUCAAUACACUCUGAAGGAUGAAAUUGGAAAGGGCUCCUACGGUGUUGUGAAGCUGGCGUACAAUGAAGAUGACAACACUUACUAUGCAAUGAAAGUGCUUUCGAAGAAGAAGCUGAUGAGACAAGCAGGCUUCCCACGCCGGCCUCCUCCCCGGGGCGCAAAACUGCCCCUGGAAGGCUUCUGCCAACCCAGAGGACCCAUUGAGCAGGUCUACCAAGAGAUCGCCAUCUUGAAGAAGCUGGACCACCCAAACAUUGUCAAGCUGGUGGAGGUACUGGAUGACCCCACCGAAGAUCACUUAUACAUGGUAUUCGAACUUGUGAAAAAAGGGCCAGUGAUGGAAGUUCCCAACCUGAGACCUCUAACUGAAGACCAGGCACGAUUCUAUUUCCAAGACCUGAUCAAAGGCAUUGAAUAUUUACACUACCAAAAAAUUAUCCACCGGGAUAUUAAACCAUCCAACCUUUUGGUGGGAGAGGACGGUCACAUCAAAAUUGCCGAUUUCGGCGUGAGCAAUGAAUUCAAAGGAUCGGACGCCCUCUUAACCAACACGGUGGGCACGCCAGCAUUUAUGGCCCCAGAGACGCUCUCUGAAACCAGAAAAAUAUUUUCAGGAAAGGCUUUAGAUGUCUGGGCAAUGGGAAUCACACUGUACUGUUUUGUCUUCGGACAGUGUCCUUUUAUGGAUGAGCGGAUCCUCAGUCUGCACAGCAAAAUCAAGAGCCAAAUGCUGGAAUUUCCGGACCAACCAGACAUUUCUGACGAGCUGAAGGAUCUAAUAACCCAGAUGCUGGAUAAAAAACCCGAAUUCAGGAUCACCAUCCCAGAAAUUAAGCUGCAUGUGUGGGUCACCAAGAAUGGCACCGAACCGCUGCCCACCGAAGAUGAAAAUUGCACGCUCAUCGAGGUGACGGAAGAAGAGGUGGAGAACUCGAUCAAGCACAUCCCCAGCUUAGCCACCGUGAUCCUGGUAAAAUCCAUGAUCAGGAAAAGAUCUUUUGGGAAUCCGUUUGAAGGGAGUAGAAGAGAAGAAAGAGGCCUGUCCGCACCAGACCGACAGACUUACUUGAUCAGAAAACAAAGCAGCGAAGAAGCUUUCCGUGCCACAAACGAUCUGCCAAACGUCAGCGAAGACGAACUGCUUUCUUGAAGAAGAA